GCGCCGGGCCCAAGCGCAGAAUAGCUGGCAGGACCCUGGCGAAGGGAUGAGCCGGACUUAGCAGGUACUUCUCCCCAGCCUCUAGCAACCAAGAUUUGCUUUCUGCUUUCCCUAGACUGAGGUACUCACGACGGAGUUAUCCGAGGAGGAGAAAAUCUGUUCCUGCUGAGCCUAGACCGUCCCAGGAAUGCGAUGGCUGAGGAGCGGGCACCAGGGACCAGACUGAGGUUGGGUUUCAAACCAAGAUAUUGGAUUCUCCUGGUUAAAACACAGAGCUCUGAGUGCCUAACAGUGAAAAUGGCAUGAUCUGCAUUAACACCCCACAACUUGAAGGCAUGACAGUGAAGGGAGAUACAUGGACUUGUGGCACAUGGAAAUGUGUGCACAGACAAAGGAAAUCUAUAAUUAUUUAAAAAUUGGAAGGAAUUCUUCCUCACCAAAAUGGGUACAUUCUGUUCAGUUAUCAAGUUUGAAAAUCUCCAAGAGUUAAAGAGGCUGUGUCACUGGGGUCCUAUCAUAGCCCUUGGUGUUAUAGCAAUAUGUUCUACGAUGGCCAUGAUUGACUCUGUGUUGUGGUAUUGGCCCUUACAUAAAACUGGAGGAAGCAUGAAUUUCAUCAUGUUGAUAAACUGGACAGUCAUGAUUCUUUAUAAUUACUUCAAUGCCAUGUUUAUGGGUCCUGGCUUCGUCCCCCUGGGGUGGAAACCGGAAAAUUCUCAGGAUAGCAUGUAUCUCCAGUAUUGCAAAGUUUGCCAAGCAUACAAGGCUCCCCGUUCACAUCACUGCAGAAAGUGUAACAGGUGUGUGAUGAAGAUGGACCAUCACUGUCCUUGGAUCAACAACUGUUGCGGUUACCAGAAUCAUGCUUCAUUCACACUGUUUCUCCUUUUAGCACCCCUGGGCUGUAUUCAUGCUGCUUUCAUUUUUGUUAUGACUAUGUACACACAGCUUUAUAAUCGGCUCUCUUUUGGGUGGAACACUGUAAAGAUUGACAUGAGUGCAGCCCGGAGAGAUCCUCUUCCAAUUGUUCCAUUUGGAUUAGCUGCAUUUGCUGCCACCUUAUUUGCCUUGGGAUUAGCUCUAGGAACAACCAUAGCUGUUGGGAUGUUGUUUUUCAUCCAGAUAAAAAUAAUUCUCAGAAACAAAACUUCAAUUGAAUCAUGGAUUGAAGAGAAGGCUAAAGAUCGAAUUCAAUAUUAUCAACUAGAUGAAGUCUUUGUUUUUCCUUAUGAUAUGGAAAGUAGAUGGAAGAACUUUAAACAGGUAUUUACAUGGUCAGGAGUCCCUGAAGGAGAUGGACUGGAGUGGCCAGUAAGAGAAGGCUGCCACCAGUACAGCUUAACAGUAGAACAGUUGAAACAAAAAGCAGAUAAAAGAGUCAGAAGUGUUCGCUAUAAAGUAAUAGAAGAUUAUAGUGGUGCCUGCUGUCCUUUGAAUAAAGGAGUCAAAACCUUCUUCACAAGCCCCUGCACCGAAGAGCCUCGAAUCAGGCUACAGAAAGGGGAAUUCAUUUUAGCCACAAGAGGUUUACGAUAUUGGUUGUAUGGAGACAAAAUUCUUGAUGAUUCCUUUAUAGAAGGUGCCUCAAGAACAAGAGGAUGGUUCCCUAGAAACUGUGUGGAAAAGUAUCCCUAUGAUGCUGAAACAGAUCCAGCCCAAAAGGGCGAGAAGAAAAACAGAUAGCCACUGUUAAAGUUAUUCUUUAAGUCCAUUCCAUUACUUGAAAAUUGUACAUAUUACUAAAGAAUUAUGCAAUGAGCCUACUCUGGUUAAGGUGUUCUUUUCCUCAGAGGUGCCCUAGUGCCAUGAUUUAAAUAUUUUUAUUACCAUUUUUAAAUGGAGAAGCCAUUCUGCAUAUGCCUUUGAAUUCCUGCCCCCCUCUUUACUACCUUUUCCUCCCCCAAAAGGAAAUACACUUCACCUAAGUAAGUUAAUUGCAUUUUCUCUAGGAUUUUUUUAUGCACUGAACUCUGUGGACCUCACCUGCAGAUAUAGUUCCCCCUUUGCCAGGAGCAUCUGCAUGUGAUGCUUUUAUUCUUUUUUCCCCUCAGUUGAUAUUUCUUAUGUAAUAUUCUGAAUACUAUAGAACUUAAUUUGUCAGGUUCAAUAUAAUUACAAUUUUGUUACCUAUCUUUUAAUAAUGCAGAUUUUAUCAAAUCAAAUAAAGAUCAAUGA